GCGUCCACCAUGACCCCGCACGUGCUCUCGGAGACCUCACCGGAAUCAAGAAGCAUUACUACCGGAAGCACGGUGAGAAGAAAUUCAAGUGCGAGAAGUGCUCUAAGCGUUACGCUGUUCAAUCCGAUUGGAAAGCUCACUCUAAGACCUGUGGUACCAAAGAGUAUCGAUGUGACUGUGGUACCAUCUUCUCUAGGAGAGACAGCUACAUCACGCACAGGGCCUUCUGCGAUGCUUUGAUUCAGGAGUCAGCAAGGAACCCUACCGUGAGCUUCACGGCUAUGUCAGCUGCUGGUGGUGGUGGUGGUGGCAGACAUGGCUUUUACGGCGGCGCUGCUUCUUCUCUCUCUCACAACCAUUUCGGUAGCAGUUCAACUUCUGGGUUUACCCCUCUAGCUGCUGCAGGUUACAAUCUGAACCGUUCAUCUCCCAACAAGUUUGAAGAGUUCGUUCCUCAGUCCUCAAACCCUAAUCCCGGCGGUCCUACCAACUUCCUCAUGCAAUGCGCUGCGAACCAAGGAUUGCUGGCGCAGAACGACCAGAGUCUCAUGAACCAGCACGGUCUGAUCAACCUCGGUGAUAACAUCAACAGCAACAACAACCACCUGUUCAACCUCGGAUACUUUCAAGACACUAAGAACCCUGACCAGACAAGUGUCCCUUCUCUUUUCACCAGUGGUGCUGAUAACAACGAUCCUUCUGCUUUGCUGAGAGGGUUAACUUCUUCAUCUUCCUCAAGUGUCGUCGUUAAUGACUUUGGAGAUACUGAUAAUGGAAACCUUCAAGGUCUGAUGAACUCUCUAGCUGCGACGACUGAUCAUCAAAGCCGCUCCGGUAGCAUUUUUGACCUUCACUUCGGGAACAAUCUUAGCAUGGGAGGCUCGGAUAGGUUGACUCUGGACUUUCUUGGAGUUAAUGGAGGAAUUGUGAGCAACGUCAAUGGUCGUGGUGGUCGUCGUAAUGGAGCUCCUCUGGACACUGAGAUGAAGUUUUCACACCCAAAUCAUCCAUUUGGGAAAGCUUGAGAUGAUCGUAUAUGUUUGUACAGAUCAUCCAUAUUAUCUAGAUAUGGACUGCUGGGUCCCUUGGAGAUUUUCUUUUAAAGCUUUAAUUUCUUUCGUUUUCUGUUUUCGACUAUAUAUUAAGGGUAUGGGUUUAGCUUGGGGGUUUUAUUAAUAAUGUAAUGGGAGUCCUUAAUGAAAUUUAUAAUUCUUCAAUCAUUUGAGUCUA